AGCGGAUUCCGCGGAGCGUCACGGGCACUCAGGACAGUUAAAGUGUCGGUUUUUCUGGAAAUUGUGCUAUGCGGUCUUCGGGCACUGGUCCACCACACCCGGAAUCCGGGGUCUCCCGAAUAAUCCUACCUGAGAAAGCAGCUCAGAGGAAGAGGACAGAAAGGAGAAGGAAUGGCCCUUUCCCAGGGACUGUUGACAUUCAAGGAUGUGGCCAUUGAAUUCUCUCAGGAGGAGUGGGAAUGCCUGGACCCUGCUCAGAGGGCCUUGUACAGGGACGUGAUGGUGGAGACCUACAGGAACCUGAUCUCCCUGGGUGAGGAUAACUCCUCUCCGGAAGUUGGAAGCCUUUCUGCUGGAUUUGCAGUCAAGGAGUUGUCACCAAGAGAGGACAUUAAUAAAGGAGAAUUAUGCCAUCUAGUGAGACUGGACAGAAAUGACAACCAUGACCUCAAGGAUUUUGACCUCAAGGAAGUCUGUGCAGAUGUGCAGGAGUGUGAGGGUGAGUGGGGAUACGAUGCAGGAAAUGACAAAGGAGUACUUUUGACCCAUAACAAAAAUCUCAGUCAUGGAGAAGAUCACAAUAAUAAAUCCUUCAUUCGUUUUCCUCAGAGUGUUUCUCUAAGAAAUAAUGCAUGUGAACAUUUCACGCACGACAAGCCAUUCAUAAGAAGUUUGUUAACAAGGAAGAAUAACGUCAGCGUUGCUGGAAGCAGAGACCUCAAGUGUUUGGCCAGUAGACCUGGAGUGAGCCCGCAGGCCCAGGCGGCUCAGCUGCAGAGGUUUCCAGCUGAGGAGGAAGUGUGUGCGUGCGGUCAAGUCGAGAAGCCAGUCAGCAGUGGCUCCUCAGUGUCAGCACUUCACAGAAUCCCUCCUAGUGUGGAGAACACUGUGUCACCUGCACAACACAGGAGAACCCACACUCGAGAAAAAUCUUACAGCUGUAAUGACUGUGGGAAGGCUUUUAGCAAGAGCUCAAACCUCAGGAAUCACAGGAGAAUUCAUUCUGGACAGAAACCUUACAGAUGUAACGUGUGUGGCAAAGCCUUUAACCAGUGUUCUAAUCUCACUACACAUCAGAGAGUGCAUACAGGAGAGAAACCAUAUAAAUGUCAUGUAUGUGGCAAGGUCUUUAGUCGAAAUUCACACCUUGCAAAUCAUCAGAGAAUGCACACUGGGGAGAAACCAUAUAAAUGUCAUGAGUGUGGUAAGGCCUUUAUCCAACAUUCACUCCUUUGGAGUCAUGAGAAAUUGCAUACUGGUGAGAAGCCUUACGAUUGUAAUGAGUGUGGCAAAGCCUUUGCUGAGCGGUCAAGCCUUAACAAACAUAAGAAGAUCCAUACUGGAGAGAAACCUUACAAAUGUAUUGUGUGUGGCAGAGCCUUUACCAUGCGAUCAAAUCUUACUCAACAUGAGACAAUCCAUACUGGAGAGAAACCUUACAAAUGUAAUGAGUGUGGCAGAGCUUUUACCCAAUUUUCACGCCUUACUAGGCAUCAGAAAAUGCAUGCUGGGGAGAAACCACACAAAUGUAAUGUGUGCGGCAAGGCUUUUAUUGAACUUUCACAACUUUGGGGUCAUGAGAGAAUUCAUACUGGUGAGAAACCACACAAAUGUAAUGUGUGUGGCAAGGGAUUUACCCAACGUUCAAGCCUUAUGGCACAUCAGAGAAUUCAUACAGGAGAAAAAUCUUAUAAAUGUAAAGACUGUGAUAAGGCUUUCAUCCAACGUUCACAACUUUGGGGUCACGAGAGAACUCACACUGGAGAGAAGCCUUACAAAUGUAAUGAGUGUGGCAAAGCUUUUACAAUGCGUUCAUAUCUUACUCAACAUAAAACAAUCCACACUGGAGAGAAACCUUACAAAUGUAAUCAGUGUGGCAAAGCUUAUACCCAAUUUGCAAGCCUUACUAGGCAUCAGAAAAUACAUACUGAAAACAAACAUAAACCUAACAUAUGUGGCAAUGCUUUUAUUCAGAGCUCAGGCUUUGGGGAUCAUCAGACAAUUCACAGCAAAAAUAAACCUUAAAAGGUAAUGAUUGACACAUAACUUGUGCAUCAGGCUGAGAGACUCCCAUCAUGGAAAAGGAAGACAUACAGAUGGCCAACAGGUAUGUGAAAAGAGGCACAUCCCUAAUCGUCAGGGAAAUUCAAAUCAAAACCACAGUGAGCUACCACCUCACAUCUCUCAGAAUGGCUGUCAUCAAAAAGACAACAAAUCGCAAGUGUUGGUGAAAAUGAGGAGAAAAGGGAACCCUUGUACACUGUUGGUAGGAUUGUAAGUUGGUGCAGCUACUAUGGAAAACUAAAUGGUGGGUCCUCAAAAAAUUAAAAAUAGAACUGCCAUAUGAUCCAGCAAUUGCUCAUCUGGGUAUUUACCUAGAGAAAACAAAAAUACUAAUUCAAAAAAAUAUAUGCACUUUGUUGUUUGUUGUAUCAUUAUUUAUAAUAGCCAAGUUAAGAAAGCCACCUAAAUGUCCACUGAUAGGUGAAUGGAUAAAGAAAAUGUGAUACAUAUAUACACAUACAUACACACACAAUGGAAUAUUAGCCAUGAAAAAAUGAAGUCUUAGCAUUUGUAACAACAUGGAUAGCUCUGCAGGGUAUUUUGCUAUGUCAGAGAAUGGCGUAGCACAUGACUUCACUCAUAUGUGGAAUUUAAAAAACAAAAUACAAGGAAAAUAGACUCAUACAUAGAACAAAUAAAUGGUUGCCAGAAGGUAUGAGGGAGGGUUUGAGGUGUGUGUGAAACAGGAGAAGGGCUUUAAGAAGUACACAUCUGCAGUUACAUAAUAAAGCACGGGGGUGUAAUAUACAGCAUAAGGAAUAUAGUCAGUAAUAAUAACUAUAUGGGGACAGAUGGCUACUAGACUUACCGAAGUGAUUAUUUCAUAAUGUAUGCAAUUGUUAAACCAUUAUGUAGUAUACCUGAAACAAAAUAUUGUAUAUCAACUGUGUUUCAGUGAAGGGGAAAAAAAACUCCAUCAUGGAGAGAUACCGUGUAAAAAUUUCAGAAAUAGGGAUAAAAAUAAUCUCUUUUUUGUGCUUGGAGUUGAUGAAAUAAAAUUUGUAUUUUAAGGAAAGACAAGAAAAAGUUAAACAUAAAAUUCUCUCUCUGUUUGUUUGGGCCCCCUCCCUCCCUAAAGUGCGGCGUGCAUCUGCGUUACACAUCAACCACAGCUCCUCAAACGUGGGAGUGCCUGCCUGCUCGACCAUGAAGAUCAAUUUAUUUUUUUCUUCUGACACUAGUGAUUUAACUUCUUAAAAGAAUACUGUUCUUUCCCAACUCUGUAGGAGGUCAUGGUGACUUGCUGCUCGCUCUGUAUGUACUAACCUGGAUAUGUAUCCUUGGUGAACUUUAUGAAAAAUUAUCAGUAUGUCAUUUUGAUGAACGAUGCUUUGUCUUGAAAAUGAAUACAACUGUGCCUUUGACUUCUAACAGGCAGAACGGUUCUCAGAGCUUUAUGAGAGUCUGUCUCCCAAGUUAGAAUCCUCAGUUUGGCUCGAAUAAAGUUCCCUUUUUUUCCUUGAUUCUUAAUUGAAUUUUUGUUGACAUUUU